CCGAGGCUGGGCUAGGGGGCCCCGGGACCCAGCACACCAGGUGCAACUGCCACUGCGCUUGCUGCCUGUCACUUCAGGAUGAAGGGCGAGACCCCCGUGAAUAGUACUAUGAGCAUCGGGCAGGCCCGCAAGAUGGUGGAGCAGCUGAAGAUCGAAGCCAGUCUGUGUCGGAUAAAGUGCCGCCAACCCCCUCCGGGCGACCAGGUGUCCAAAGCUGCAGCGGACCUGAUGACGUACUGUGAUGCCCACGCCUGCGAGGAUCCGCUCAUCACGCCGGUGCCUACUUCGGAGAACCCUUUCCGCGAGAAGAAGUUCUUUUGCGCGCUACUGUGACCCCGCCCCUGCCCCGCCCCUGCCAGAUAGCCCCGCCCCCUCAUUGCGGGCUCUGGGAGCCAGCUUGGGACUAGGAACAUGCCCCUCCCGUCUGCUCCCAGUGCCCCGCCCCCUGCCUACCCCACGAGGCCGUCUGGAGCUUGGAACCCGCCCCGCUAUUGGCCCCACCCACUGAGCCCUGCCCCUCCUUGGGCCUCGCCCACUGUGGGUACCCGCGCUCUCCCCUACUUGCAGCCGCUACUUGGGCAAUAAAAGUCGUCCAGAUCC